GCUAGGAAGUUUACAUAAUGUCUCAUCUAUCUAGAAGAAUAUAGAUUCUCUAAAUACAAUAAAUGAUGAAUGUGCAGUUACAUGACAGAGCUCAAGUAUUUAUUUCAUGCCCUUCUGAUGACAGUGGUGCAAGGCCAACUUAUGUUGGAAUUGUUGAAAGGGGUUUAAAUAACAAACUAAAUCUUCCUGAUGUUAAAUGUCAUUCUAACGUCAACUUAUUUAUUCUGCUGAUCCAUCACCAUUGAGAGAAAAUCCAACCAUUGCACAAAUCAAAGCUUAUGAGGAGGAGAAGCUGAAGAAAGAUAAAGCCAUCACUUGCCUAUAUGCAGGACUUGCAGAUCAUAUUUUUACUAAAAUCAUGGACUUUGAAACACCUAAACAGGUGUGGGACAAGAUUCAAGAUGAAUUUGAAGGCAGUAGCAAAGUCAAAUAUGUUAGACUUCUCACAUUGAAGAGAGAAUUUGAAUUGAUGAAGAUGAAGGAUAAUGAAUCUGUCAAAGAUUAUUCUAGCAGAUUAAUGGAUGUUGUGAACCAAAUGCGACUUCUUGGUGAAACAUCAUUUACAGAUCAAAAGGUUGUCGAAAAAAUCAUGGUUUCGAUGCCUAAAAGAUUUGAAGCCAAAAUUUCUGCAAUUGAAGAGUCUUGUGAUUUGCAAACUCUGACAAUUACUGAAUUGACUAGUAAGCUUCAUGCACAAGAGCAAAAAGUCUCCAUUAGAAGUGAUGAAGCUAUUGAAGGUGCCUUUCGAGCAAAGCACAAUGGAAGGAAUUUUGGAAAGUCACAAACUUUCAACAGGAACAAAGGAAAAAUGAAGGUUCUUUGAGAAAAGGGAAUUUUUUGCCUUGUUUUCAUUGCCAAAGAACCAACCAUUCUAAAGAAGAUUGUUGGUUUAAAGAUAAACCACUUUUUAACUGUAAUUUUUGCAAUAAAAAUGGUUAUUGUGAAAAGUAUUGCAGAUUAAAGAAGAAUCGGCCUGAACAACAGCU